AUGGGCCAGCGGUAUGCGGACGACCUGGAGAGUCAGAACGACGAGCACUUGGAGGGACUGACGGCCAAGGUCAAGAUACUGAAGGAUAUCACCUUGGCCAUCGGGUCCGAGGUGAAGGACUCGACUAUUCAACUCAGCCAGAUGAACGACGCUUUCUCCGAGACCUCCGGUAUCCUUGCAGGCACGUUCCGCCGCAUGAACAACAUGGCCGUACGUCAGGGUUGCCGUUGGUUGUGGUACAUAGUCUUCCUCAUCGUCAUCUUUUGGUUCUUCAUUGUUGUAUGGUGGUUUCGGAGAUGA